AUGGAUAUACCGGAACUAGAAAACUCUCCGAUUAGAACUGAAUGGCUAGAAUCUAACAACAAAUCAGAACUUCUAAAUAAAUAUUAUAAAAACUAUGUCCAACCAGUUAAAGAAAAGGGCACCGAAAAGGAAUUUUGUGCCUCUAUUGAAGAUCCUGUACGGAAACAAAAAAUAUUUCCAGGUUAUCAAUUCAGAAAUGUGAUUGCAAAUCAACGAACAUGGAACGUAAAAUUUCCUCGCGAAAGGUUUCCUCUAGACCAUAAAAUAUACGAUCAAUUUUUAGAUUCAUUUAGCAUAGGGUCAAUCGCUGAUUUUAAUCCAGAAGAUUACGGAUUGGUAUCAUCAGAUAUGAGUGCUACAAAAUCUACAGGUACAAAUGAUCAAGAAACUCGAAUAUUACCUGAAGAAAAAACACAAGCAUGA